GACUGCAUUAUUUUAUGGAGAAAAUACUUUUAUUUCUGUAAUAGACUGAGAUCAAUGCUUUACAUGCAACGAGAUUUCUAACAGAAGAUGAAGAAAGGCUCUGAAGGUCCUCCUGGGCCUGACCCUGACCCUGACCCAUCAGGACCCUCUGAUGGCUCAAGACCAGGAUCUGCUCCAGGCCCAUCUCAGGAGGAACCCUCUCUAUCUGAUCUACAGGAAUACAUCCUAAACCUCUCUGAAGAGGAGUGGAUGGCAUUCGCCAGCAUUUUUCAUACCCCUAUGACCAGGACACACUUCUUGCACAUAUGUAAGGCUAUCCUUAGAGUGGUCAGCUUCAGCUCCAUCACCAUGGUUUUACCAGCCUAUGUGUGCAUGGCCAAGGAUGCUGAAAUGACUUUCAGCAGACCCUCAAGUGCCACUAGCUCCGCCUCAUCAUCUGAAAUCACUCCAAAAAGACCUGGUAGUCAGAUGUUUCUCAAGCUGAAAAGUGUUCUUGGAAGACUACAAAAAUCUGUGGCAUGGCACAAGAUAUCUCGCUCAGCCGAUUCACCUUCUCUGUGCCCUAUGGUGGCAGAACAUGGAAGUGAAUCCCAUGACCUGACCUGUAUGGCAAAGACCCUGGAAAGGCUCCUUUCAAGUGACAAUAUCGACAACAUUGCCAAAGGCCUUGUGGAUCAGAUUCAGGCUGUUCGGCAGGACAGGAGCCCAACUCCCCCUACUUUGGAUGGAAAAAGAACCCCUGGGUGUGAGACUCAAAAGACGCCUCCCCAGAAGACACUGAGUGCCACUCAGGUAGUUUACUCUUUCACUGAGCAGGCCAUCAAGGGAUUGUUGCAGCCCUUCCUUCUCCCUCUGGUGCAAUGGAAUGCUGGUUGUGAUGUUGCUACGUCCAGAUUCUCUGUCUCCGGGAUCGAAAGCACACCAGCCGUAAAAUCAUUUCUUGGCCAGGAAAAGCCUGACUGCAGCUGUCUGGUGGCCAGGUUAAUGCAAGCACUGCCCAGCGUUCCCCAUCAGCAAACCACAGAUUCGUCAAAGAUUGUGACAUCAACCUCUUCUACUGAAGUUGCAAAUGUCUUCUCCCAGCUCAUGACCUCCCAGGUCAUUGACAUGAUCGACUCGGAGAUGGCGAAAUAUCUUGAGCAGAACAAAGAAUUAACUUCGGACGAAGCAAGGAUUCUAUCAACAACGCCUGACAAACGUGAGCCCGCGCUUGGUGAGCGCCUGGCCUCUAGCCCUGAUUCCCAAGGUGGUUUGAUGUCAAGGCUCCUGAAAAGGUUCCUCUCAGAAUUCAAAUCAACUGAUUCAUCUGUGCUUGUUGCAACUGAUGGUGUCAAAGCCUUUGCAUCCACCAGUGAGAAGACGCAGUCUGCCUCUGCCAGACUUGAAGAUGUGCUGGGACUCUUCACAAGUGUGAUGGUUCACAAAGUGUUGGAGCUCCUUGAUGCUGACUUGGAAGUAAAACAGGGCGGAGACCUUGACCUGGCUAAGAGAAUUAUCGACAUGGACAUGAGGCCUCAGAGCUCAUCCAGCAUUCCUCUGAGCUCUACUACAGCUCCUUCCAUGCCGCACUCAGGUUCCACCAUCCCUGACAUAUACAAGUAUGUGACUGCCCGCGAACAACAAUUCAUCUCUACUGCGUGCAAGCAUCCUGGAGACACCGAUGACAAUGGCUGUUUGGUCACAGCACUGGUGCUGCGUCUGUUGAUUAAGAUGCAAGACCAGCAGACUGUCCCUGUGGAGGCUAAAACGGACACCCAGAAGCUUCUGGAACGACUCUUGCUCGAGUUCACCAACGCAUCAGGCACUCUGGACUUCAGCAUGUAUCAGAGCAACGCCAAACUGCAGGCACUCUACCGCACCCUGAACACGCUACUGCUGAGGAACUUCGGAUCGCAGGCCAUCCUGCAGAGACCAGUGGAUGCAAAGGACUCCUCAUUUGAUGACCUCUUGAUGUUAACAUUGAGCAAAGAGCUGCGGAAGUGGGAUGCGGAAGUCACAGCUGCCACAUCAGCCCCAGCUGCCACAUCAGCCCCAGCUGCCACAUCAGCCCCAGGUGCCCCAUCAGCCCAAAAUGCCCCACCCUCCCCUGAGUCUCAGGCAGGAACCACAGGCAGCAAGACUCACAAGAGGUGGCUCAGCUUCAAGGUAAAUGAAAAUUCAUUGAUAACUUAAUUGAUAAAUUGAUAACUUCAUUCUGUCAAUAGCAGUUUUAACAUACAGAAACGGGUUACAGACAAUCUUUAAAAUAGUGCAUGUUUUCCUCUUCUAGCUCCCAAAGACACUUGGUAAGAAGAAAGUGUCUCCCUCUGAUGCCGUUCUUCCUGACAUAAAUCAGAGCAAUAAUGCUGAUGCUGCAGAUGUGCCUGUCCAGAUGCCCCGUGAACGCUCGAUGUUCAUCAGAUUGUUCACAUGCUGUUUCAAAGGCUCUGGGGAAUCCUGAACCUUUCCUUCCCCCAAAUUUCCCCAAACUCCCUCCCUGUACCCCACAUUCUCUUAAAUUCCCUCCAUAUCCCUUGAAAUUCCCAUCCCAAACACACACACACACACACACACACGUAUGCACGCAUGUGCACACACACACACACACAUGCCCAGACCACUCACCAACAUUGCAAUCACAGACACACAGAUGCAUGCACAUGCACGGACACACACACAGACACACACAGACCUGCACACAGCCCCCCUCCUACACAACAUUAAAACAUUGAAAAAUAAUUACACAAAAAAAACAAUAAAACCAACAAAACCCUCA